AUGGCAGAGUAUUCUGGAACCGACCAUUUUCCUUCACCUCUUCCAGAUCUGAAGGACCCAAAUUUGAAUCCAGAUCGGACUGGGUACGAUGAUAUCGAUAAUGCCGAUCCACACCAUCAAAUCAAUCCUGCCUUUGCCAAACUUGAUUCCAACUGGCAGACCAAUACUCGUUCACUCUCUGUCGAACAAGAUGGUGUUACGGAGUACAAUACCGUGUUCUGGGAUGGUGAUCAAGUUGAUCCACUGCCUUCUUCUAUUCCUAUCAAGUCUCAAAGAAUGUUGUCAAAACUUCGUCAACCUUCCAGCAUCAGCUAUGUUGAUUCAAAUGGUGAGACUAAGACAAUUGGUCAACACACGCUUCAAAAGGUACCAGUCAUGUCUCGAGAAGGUCACCCAACUGCCCAAUUGGUUCUUCGAGUUCCUCAUGUUGGCAGUUCAUACAUUGGUUUUCUCAUCAGAUUGACUCGUGGAGAAAUCGCUGGACUCAAGACACGUGCUUGCCUAGAGACCCCGUGUGUCUGCGGUGUCUGUGACAUACACAAGAUUGAAUUCAGAUUUACUUGUGGUACCUUCAAGAUGUUCAGCCGUCCAGGUACUGAUAACGAAUGUUUUGUCACCUUCCAAAAGAUUCACAACCAAAAAUCAUGGAUUAUUGGUCUUGAAGACAUGUCCAAUGCUGAUCAGUGGACCUUGGGAUUCCGUUAUACCGAGCCACAAGAGAAGGAAGAAGGAUGGGCACCACCAGCCAUCAGAUACUGUCGCACCGCAGCGCAAAUAUUCGCCACUAUAGGUCAUGGUCGCCAAGAGGAUAUUUUUCAUUCUUUCUUGAUGCCAACGAGCAAUACUGCCUUCACUGUAUGGAACCCCGUGGUCAACGCCAAGUUUGACCCUGAUGGUGACCAACUUGGUCCACACCAUGACAGAUAUGAGCGUAUGCAUAAUUUUGAAUCUUGGGAGGACUACUGUGUUUUCAACGCCUACGGUCUCAUCUCAGACACUCGUUGGACGCUCAAGUAUCUCGAGCUCUUUCGUGCCGGGGGCUUCAUGACCCAGCUCAUCUUUGUCCCUGAUCAAAAGAAUGCCUUUUAUGCUUCUUUCUUCAUGACUGAAAAGUCUGCCAAUUCUCACAAGAUUCUCGACGUUGGUGACGAAGUUGAGAUCAUGACCUAUCCAUUCACACCUGGUCUCGAUGCGAACGGCAACCCACUCAAAGAUGGUGAAGGCUGGAAAGCCGCUGUCAUUAACCCCGACGAAAUUGAGCACUCUGGUACCCACCUCUUACGAUUUGACAUGUAUUCAGAAAGCCUUUCCUCUUAUCGCAUCUACAAGAAGUACGAACCCAAAGGAUAUACCUAUGCUUUCUAUUUCAAACUCCUCAACUCUGUCAAACCUACCAAGUAUAAAUUAAAGUCUCUUACCGCCAUGCAUCCGAAAGCCAAGCAUGCCUCUCUCAAGCCCAGACCCAGAUUUGGUGAUGGAGACGAUGCCAAUGAUCACCCAUCCACCACAGAUCUCCUUCAAAGUCACGGUGUUGAUGAUAUCACUGGUGCUGACGAGUUAGCGAACGACCAUCCUGCAAACGAUGUUUUCAGCCCUGAGGAACAUACGGUAGCUACAUGGAAGAAUCAGAACAUUGACUACUCCAUCAAUCGCUCUAUUCUAAUGGGUAACAGCAUCUCUGACAUGUGGUAUUGGAACUUGUUCGAAGGCUGUCCACCUGAAAAGCUUGAUGUCAUCCUCUCAAACUGUACCCCCAAGCAGAGAGCUGCCAUUGAAGCUUUUGGUCAUCAAAUUCCUUGUGGUCUCCUCUUUAUCAAAGGACCACCCUGCUCGGGAAAGACAGUCGGUCUCGUUGCCACCAUUGAAAUUGUUCUUUCUUCUGGUAAGAAGGUGUUGGCCGCGGCCGCACAAAACACAGCUGUCAACAACUUGUUCGAUAGAACGGUCAGCUCCAUGGCAAAGCUUAAUCUCAACAAGGACAUUCUAGCUAUCAGACUUUGGUCCAAAAGCAUUGAGUAUAACAAGAUCCCUGUGGUGGCAAAGUUAAUAUUCCGGACAAAGAGAAAUUCAAUAUAA